CUUUGCAUGGAUUAAAUCCCGAGACUCCGCGACGAAAUCAAUAUGCCACUGAAGGCCCGGGUCUCGUCAGACGCGCAACGCACCAUCCGGGAAGCGUUCGAGGAUCUGGAACAGGCUCUUUCGACAAGCGAUAGCGUCACCCUCAAGGAUACCGUCCUUGAAGAUGUGCAAAAAGCUGCCUAUCUAGUCGAGGAAGAACUAGCAGCGAAAAAGACUCUCCGGAAUAUGAAAAGACUUGAGCCAUUUUUCACGGGAUUGCAGCACUAUUCAGAGACAAUCAAGGACCUCUGCGAUGGCACCCCAUAUUUGCCAUGGAUCUGGGCCCCGAUAAAAAUAAUCCUCCAGAUAUCAUCCGACAACAUUGAAGCAUUUGAAAAGAUCAUCAAGGCAUAUAGCCGAAUAGCCCAGCAUCUGCAGAUCUUCAAAACCAUCAGCAGUACAUUCUCAGACAACAAAGAAGUUCAGCAGAUUUUGGCCGUUUUCUACUCGGAUAUCUUAAAGUUUCACAAGGAGGCUUAUGUCUUUGUUCGACGGAGCAGCUGGGAGAGGUUCUUCCUCGCGUCUUGGGUUCGUUUUGAACGGCGAUUCAACUGCAUCCUCGAUGAUCUGAAGGCUCAUGAAGAUCUCAUCGACAAGACAGCAAGAGUAGUCGACAUGUCCAAGGCACAAGAAUCCAGACAACUUCUACAAACUUGGCGGCAGGAAACUCUCAACAAAUUAGCUAAAGAGGAAGAUGAGUACACUGCGGCACAGUUUCUUGACAUUAUUGGCUGCCUAAAGGUGGAUGAGUCGACUCAGCUCAAGAUAUUCGACGAAGUGGCCUCUAGAUCGGAAGGGGACGCAUGGACUUGUGACUGGAUAUUGGAGCAGUCCAUCAUUAAAGAGUGGAUGGGAUGCAACCAAAAGUCGACGUUUGUGAUUCUGCACGGCCGUCCAGGGAGUGGUAAGACCGUCCUAGCUGCUCACAUUGCGAAGUCACUACGAGGGCCAGAUGAAUCAUCGGCGGACAAAUCGAUGAUCGACAAACCGCUAGUUGUUUCUCACUUCUGCACAUACUCGUACGAGGAGUCGAUGGACUACGACAAGAUCCUGAGGUCGCUUCUUUUACAGCUAAUCAGAUCCAAUCCCGACUUGAUAUCUUAUGUGCACGAUCAUCUGAUACGCCAGAGGAAAAGUGCUAAAUCCAAAGUCCUCGAGGAGCUGCUCCGCGACGUGGUGAAAUCCAGUUCAGCGGCACCGUCGGCCACCAAGUACAUCCAUGUCAUUUUGGAUGGGCUGGACGAAUGCGAAAAGGAUACACAGCCAAGAGUCAUCAAGGUGUUGGAGCAACUGGUGUCAGCUGCUUCUUUAUCUGGGUCAACUGUGUGCAAAGUCUUGCUAUCCGGCCGAUUGUCUCCAGCUAUCGCUAAGAGGUCAAGACACAAUUUGACAGUCUCUCUUACUGAUGAGACCAAGAGCGUGCAGAAAGCAAUCGAGGGUUACGCGUUGAGGAGGCUGGAUGCCUCGAAGACAGAGUUGCUACAGAUGCAAGUCACCGAGGAUGACAUGAACGCCCUGGCACUCAAGAUUGCUAAAAAGGCCAAUGGUAUGUUCCUAUGGGCCAGACUUGUCUUGGAUUAUGUCGCCACAAACAUGUUCCAAAGCAGAGCCGAAGUACUCAAGGUUGUCGACUAUCUACCAGUAGAGCUAAGACAAUUCUAUGAGAAACUUUUGACUCAACUGAUGUCCCGUUUUGACGAACGCUCGGUUGUCCGAAUGAAGUCGAUUUUUGGAUGGAUUGCAUUUGCUAAACGACCACUUCGCAAAGCAGAGUUUCGAUCUGCGUUGAUGUUUAGUUCUGGGAAUCCAGAGUCAAACGAGCUAGUUCCCCAGUACUGGUUUGACAAGUGCACUCCUUUGGUUGAAGAGCGGGCAGACUCUACGUUUGCAUUCAUCCACGUUUCAGUCAGAGAUUAUCUACAAAGUCCUGACAGCAACCUUAUCCUUGAUGAGAAAACUAGUAUCCACGAGCAUGGACUAGCAACUGCGACAUGUUUAGUCUCAGGUCUGCAGAUACUCAAUCCCUCUUGCCCCGAUCACACACGACUUCCGCGAGUGCUUCGAGGGAUUCAUGGCUUCCAUACCUAUGCUACAGAAUACUGGAUAGAGUACGUUCUGUCGAAUUUCCCGCUUAACAUGCGUAUCCCGGCAAGCUUACAGUUCUUCCAUCUCUCACGCCAACUCUCAGCCUCGUUCGCUCAAUUGGCUAAACCUUCCCAAAAUGAGGGAAAAGGCCGCAAGUUCGAUUUGUUUGACAAUCGGCUAAACGACAUUCGACAUCAAGACAUCGGAUUAUAUGAUACAGCGAGGACAAUACUUCUAGAACGCCAAGUGGGAUAUCUCACGGAAUCACUGCCAGAGAAGGAAAAUGAUACGACUAUGGUCGAGGUUACAAGCGUCAAAUCUCUUUUGGAAAACUACCAACGGACUAUACAGCAGUUGCUCAUUUUACGCAGCUACCAGGGGUUUAGCUUCCAGGAACUGGAGAGAUUCAGGCAGGACUUUCGAGCCACUGCAUUCACCUGUCGUUUUUCAUCUUGCCCAAAGACAACAAAUGGGUUCAAGACUCACUGUCUUCGACUGGAACAUGAGGCGAGCCAUUCAGUAAUAACGUGCCCUGUUCAAGGUUGCCAAUAUCCAUCUUUCCCGUCCACUUCAGCUCUGAAGCGGCAUCAACAAAGUUGCCAUAGUGGCGACAUGCCGGACUCGGGUCGUAAGGUGAUAAGAACCGAAAACAUUCCAGACCACCCAAAACUGGCGGAGAGGUCCAUGAGCGAAGUCAUGCAUAAAACCACAGUCAAUAUGAGUCAAGAGCGCCUGGACCUGGAACUGGAACUGCAGCAACGGUAUCUGGAAGAGAAACUGCAAAUGCAACUACAACAGCAACAGAAACUGCAAAUGCAACUACAACAGCAACAGCAUCUGAAACAGCAACAGCAACAGCAACAGCAACAGAUCCAUAAUCAGGCACGUGUUGUGUAUCAUGGCAUGUUAAGCAGACUUGCCGCUGAGCACGGAGGGCUUAAACGAAUUCCGCAAGAGCAUAUAAAAGAGGCCAAACAAACUGCGCUCGCACAAGCCUCGAAACUUUUCAAGAAGAACGUUCCUAAGCGUAUGGCGGCGCAUCUGCAGGCGAUACGCGAUAAAAUGACACUGCAGAAAGAGAUGGCACUGUGGCAGCACCGACCGCACCAGAGGAUGACGCAGCAGCAAAGGAGAGAGCAGCGGGAUCGGGAGAUAGAGGAGCAGGAGCGGGAGAUGCAGCAGGAGGAGCGGGAGAUGCGGCAGCAGGAGCGGGAGAUGGAGCGGCUGAUAUUGCAGGAGCAGGAGCAGGUGAUAAAACAGAUGCAGCAACAGGAAAUGCAGCAAGGAAUGCAGCCACAAAUGUAGGCUAUUAAUGGGAAGAUGGGCAAUCAGGAGGAUAUGAGCGAGCUCGUUGAGUAUAACUUGAGCGCAUUGAAG